AUGCUGCACCCCUUUUCAAAAGAUGUAAGCUGUAAUGGCAAUCGUUCACUAUUAAUUUGGAGGGUGGCGGUAGUGCGCUAGUCAGUCCGCAUCCGCCGUUAAACCCAAAAAGAAGAAGAAGAAGAAGAAGCGUCAACUCAUACAGCAUCAACAACCGCGUAACGGAACUUGUUCAGGUCACCAGGAGUCAUUUCCAUGACUUUUAUGAGGCUGAUUGACUCACCGACAUGUCCAGUCUGGAGGCACUGGAGAGCCAGAUGUGCGCAGCGGUGAGGACCUUGGUGGGAGCGGCGGUGGCGGAGCUAGGCAGACUUCUGGAGCAGCGCUCGGCUAACGCGGCUAACGAAGACGAGGAGAAACAGGGGGCAAAAGCCGCUUUAUGUCGCAGUAUCAACGCGCACAUCAAGAAGCAGUUUGAAUCCUUCCUGGAGGAAUGGAGCAGAAACACAGUGGAGAAAAUCUCACUGAUGUUCAAAGUGUUUGUGUGUGAGGCUGAAGAUGAAGAUGCUCCAGCAGCGCGCACACACCUGGGAGCACCAAUAUUGAAACCACAGGAAGAAACCGAUGGCGUCUCACAUGAGGAGCGUCGCUCUGAACCCGGACUCCCUUUCCCCGAAACGCCCUCCGGUGUCGGCGAGGUCAAGCUCCUCCGGGAGGCUCCGCCCCCUUCAGCCACGACAGCGACCAAGAAGAAGCCGAUCAAGUGUCCGUCCUGCGAGAAGACCUUCCCCCUGAAGUGUCUGAUGGAGAGACACCACCUGUCGCACUCCAAGCCUCACCACUGCUCGGAGUGUGGGAAGCGCUUCUCCGUCCUGCGGGGGCUCCGCGCUCACAUGAGGAAGCACACCGGCGAGAUGCUGCACCGGUGUCCCGACUGCGGGACGGAGUUCGCCUACAAGUCGACGUUCCAGAGACACGCGCGCCGGUGCUCCCUGCAGCGAGCCGGCACCGCCACCUGCUCGCUGUGCGAGGUGAGGUUCCCGGGGUCGCUGGCGCUGCAGAGGCACCGCUGCGGCGCGCUGGACAAGACCUUCGUCUGCUCGCUGUGCCCUUCGACCUUCGAGUGCCGGCGGAGCCUGUCCGAGCACGAGAGCCUGCACGCCGGCGUCAGGGACUUCGUGUGCGAGGUGUGCGGCGAGACGUUCCUGUCGGCGGCGUCGCUGGCCACGCACCGCGUCACCCACAUGCAGACGGAGCAGCGCCGCGAGGCGCCGAAGAGCUUCGCCUGCCGGGUGUGCGGUAAAGGCUGCAGCCACCGCAGCGCGCUCAAGCACCACAUGCUGACGCACAGCGGCGAGCGGCCGUACGUCUGCGAGACCUGCGGGAAGCGCUGCGGCCACGCCAGCGCGCUGCAGAACCACCGGAGGGUCCACACGGGGCGGAGGCCCGGCCAGCGGCCCGUCUGCCACCUGUGCGGGAAGCAGUUCAGGCGCGCCGACCGGCUGAGGAGCCACAUGAGCGUGCACACGGGGGAGAAGCCCCACGCCUGCCACCAGUGCGGGAAGACGUUCAGCUCGCCGGAUUACCUCAGGGCGCACCAGCUGGUUCACUCCGAGAAGAAGCCGUACAGCUGCAGCGUCUGCAGCAAGAGCUUCACUCACAUGUACUCGCUGAAGAUGCACAGCCGGAUCCACACCGGAGAGCGAGCGCAUCGCUGCCUGCUGUGUGGGAAGGACUUCAUCUACAGCAGCUUCCUCAAACGACACCUGAAGACCCACCGGCCCGAGGAGGACCCAGACAGACCGGCACCAGGAGCCGAGACUCAGUGUGACUUUGAUGCAGUGGAAGCCACCUAAACAUGGUGAAUUUUACUGUUGUAGAGUUUAGAGACAUUAGCUUGCGAAACAACUGGUACAUAUUGCAGGAAACAGAAAAUAUUUUAUUGAAAUAAAG